UAGCUUAUAUUUCUUACAAUAAGCAGGGGAAAUUACAAUCUCAGAAACCCUGAGCGAGAUCUUUGCAACGCACGGAGUGAUGAGACUCGGCCGGUAGGCGUCGACCGCAAGCUGCACAACAGUGCGGAUCGAGAUCCAAACCUAUGAAGACCGCUCUCGGAUAGAUCACAAUUCUUGGAUAUUCUGAGCAACUCUUGUUGGAAAAUAACUGUAUCUGAGGAUCACCAUGGUUCCAUUGACGUUGAUAUUUGCGGUUUCUACCGCACUAGCUGUUUCCAUCUCCUUCGGUCUUCUCAUCUUUAUCUGUUGCUGCAUGCGAGCUAGGAAGACACAAAAACGUCAAAAACGACGAGAAAAGCUAGAACAUGCUCUCGCUAUCACACCCCUUAAAGCCGACUUCUUCCGAAAGAGAGACGAAGAUUGUUUGAAAACAACCCCAGUGCCUCGGCAAGAUCCGAUCGAGGAUAAUCCUUUUAGUGAUGUACAGACGGAUGAUCAGGGGGUCGAAACACCUAAUGACCAGCCUGACAAUUACGGACGCUCCCAGUCUUGGGCACCGGCACCCUCGACGAAAUUGAUCGCGGUCGAUCCUCAGAGAAGACAAACCUUGGCCGUGCUUUCACUGACCCCGUCGUCAUCGGAUUCAUCCCUCGCUUCGUGCAGCUCCGAGAAUGACUUGGAGCAGCUCGGGCGCGAGUCCGAAUGGACGGUGUAUCAAGGCGGCAACGAGAAACCCGUCGUUCACUUCUCGCUCUACUUUUCAACUCAGGACUCCACUCUGUUCGUCUGUCUCAAAUCCGUCUCGGGAUUGGCGCGAAAAUACUACCCUGGCUGCUCCUCCUUCCUCAAGGUCAGUCUCCUGCCCAAGUACAGGGACGGAUUCCGCACCGACAUCGUCCGUAAAUCGCUAAAUCCCCAUUUCAACGAGUCCUUCCAGUUCUGUAAGGUCACCUUGGCCGAGGCACAAGGCAGCUUCCUCAAGAUCAAGCUGUAUGUGAGGGAGAAGUGGAACCGAAAGGAUCGUUUUAGCGGAGAGGUCUUUGCAGAGUGUCAUCAGCUCUUGACGAAGGGCGACAGCCUUCUGGAAUUACAGAGGACGUUCAGUAUAAAGAGAACCAAGCUUCCGAAGAAGAAUUUACAAAGGCCCUCACUUCCCUGCAUGAAACAGAUGCGCUCAAAGUCUACUUCGGAAGAGACGUCCAAUCGGCCGUACCUCGGAGAUCUGUUUGUAUCCUUGCAAUACCAGCCCUUAGCAGAUCGACUUAAGGUCAUGAUUAGGAAGGCAGAGAACCUUUUGGUCGACAGUGCUCUCCCUGGCAAUGGAGAUGUUUACGUCACUGUCCGUCUCUUGAAGCAGAGUGAAAUGGUCGGAGAAUACAGCACACAGCGUCGCUCUGGUACCAGCCCCAUCUGGAAUCAACCAUUCCUCUUCCAUCCCAAAUCCGAUGAGAUCCAACACCACUCCAUCCUCCUCGCCAUCUUCCGUGGUCGACGACUAGCGACCGACGUCAUGGUUGGGAAGGUCGAAGUCGGCAUCGGGGCCGGGGAGACGGGUGUGGCGCACUGGACGGAGAUGCUGCAGCCACUCGGCAUCGAAGUUGCCAAGUGGCAUCGAAUAAAGCCGCCUUUUAGUUAAGUCAGAGCGGGAAACUAGAUACAAGUUAGGUUUAAUUUAAUUGCCUUAUCGAUAGGUAAAUUAUUCUGAUACGUCGUCAGAAUAAAGACCCAUUACUUAUGUUACGA